AUCACCAGUACAACAACCCCUCCACAGCCCUCAAGAUGCCGACCAGCUCAUGUAAAGAUAUUCGAGACGCCUUGGCGCAAUGCCUCCAAGAGUCUGAAUGCGUCAUGGUGCAGCGCAACUCGGCCGCCGACUGCCUCCGCGAACCUCUCGUCGAUACCCUCCCGCUCAAGUGCAAGCAACUCAAGAAGGGCUUCGGUGAAUGCCGCCGUGGCAUGGUCGACAUGCGCAAGCGCUUCAGAGGCAACCAGCCCAUUGCUUUCACGAAGAUCCAAAAGACAGAGGACACCGGCGAGGGAUACCAGUUGUAUGCGGGCAAGUCUGCUUUCGCAGGGACACGCGGCGAGACAGACGGCACCAACAAGGCGCCAGAGGACUGGAGAGAAGCUGAGAACAGGAAAUACAGAGAAGCACAGGAAGCUGCUGCGAAGAAGUCAUAGCAGACCUAUGGGAAAGCAUGGGACGAUACCCGGGGUUGCGCAAUGUAAUGGGAUAAGGAAAACAUAUGUGCGAUAUCUGUAUUAUAUUUGAAUUGGGUCAUUAGGGCAUAGCAGGCGUUUUGGCAAAAACAAAAUCAGACUCUGGGCAAAGAGGCAUGACUGUCACUUGGGUGUUGUUGGGGGUAGAGGUCAGCGGCAGGCGACGGCAUGCUCUUUCGUUUCCAAACAUCCGGCACAGCAUUCCUUCCACCCUUCAGAACUCAUCAGACAAAGGAGGCACACUCUCUUCAACAAACUUCAGGU